GUUAUUCUGUGCAUUUGCAGGACCGCCGACUUUUUCGGUAUCUGACUGGGAGAUAUUAAUAUCGUUCGUAGUAAAGUGUGCAAAAAAGCGAAAAAAUGUCGACUGUGCAGAUCCCUCCUUCGGCGCUGGUGAACAAAAACAAGAAGCAUUUCAUCGGCAUGCCGGCGCCUUUGGGUUAUGUGGCUGGAGUUGGACGAGGGGAUGAUCGCCAUGCUCCGCCGCCAAAAAAGAAAAAAAACGACGAGGAAGAAGAAGAGGAGGAGGAUUUGAACGACGCCAAUUAUGAUGAGUUCGCUGGAUAUGGUGGAUCGCUGUGCUCGAAAGACCCUUACGAUAAAGAUGAUGAAGAAGCGGAUCGAAUCUACUUCGAAAUCGACAAACGAAUGGAUGAAAAACGGAAGGAUUAUCGAGAGAAAAAGCUGCGAGAGGAAUUGGAGAAAUAUCGUCAAGAACGACCGAAAAUUCAGCAGAUGUUUAGUGACAUAAAGCGUGACAUGGCGGAAAUUAGUCAAGAUGACUGGCUAUCGAUACCAGACGUUGGCGAUGCUCGAAAUCGGAAACAGAGAAAUCCCCGAGCUGAGAAGUUUACUCCAUUGCCAGACAGCGUACUUGCUCGCAACGUUGCCAUGGCAUCAGGUUCGGCAACUUCCAUUGAUCCCUCUUCAGGGUUGGCAUCUGCGGUUCCUUCGACUGCGGGAGGCGCUGGAAUGUUGACCCCAAGUGGUGAUUUGGAUUUGAGGAAGAUUGGGCAAGCUAGGAACACUCUAAUGGACAUCAAGCUAAAUCAGGUUUCAGAUUCGGUUUCUGGCCAAACAGUGGUCGAUCCGAAGGGAUAUUUAACCGACCUGCAAAGCAUUUUGCCCAAAUACGGUGGCGAUAUCAACGACAUAAAACGUGCAAGAACUCUGCUGAAAUCCGUUCGUGAAACGAAUCGGGCACAUGCUCCUGGAUGGAUUGCAUCAGCGAGAUUGGAAGAGGUGACGGGAAAACUUCAAGCUGCCAGGAAUAUUAUUCUAAAAGGAUGCGAAGAAUGUCCGCAAUCGGAGGAUGUAUGGAUUGAAGCCGCCCGAUUGCACGCCGGCGCCACUGCUCAGGCUGUUCUAGCAAAUGCAGUUGUCAGACUUCCAAAUUCCGUUCGUCUGUGGUUGCGUGCCGCUGAAGUGGAGACGGAGAUCAAGAGCAAACGAAAAGUUUAUCGGAAGGCACUUGAGCACAUACCGAAUUCCGUUCGUGUAUGGAAAGCAGCCGUUGAGCUGGAAGAACCGGAAGAUGCGAGAAUUCUCCUUGGAAGAGCCGUCGAGUGUUGUCCGACGAGUGUUGAACUAUGGUUAGCGUUGGCUCGUUUGGAAACGUAUGAAAAUGCUAGACGUGUCUUGAACCGAGCGAGAGAAAACGUUCCGACCGAUCGGCUGAUUUGGAUCACCGCUGCUAAGCUAGAAGAGGCAAAUGGGAACUGUGCAAUGGUACCGAAGAUCGUCGACAGAGUUCUCGCGAUGGUGCAACGGGACAAUCCGUGCUUUGUAUCAGGUUUUCACGAGUCCCCGAAUCCUAGUGGACUGAAGUAUAAUGAAUUGAAAAAUACAAAUAUGUUUGUAUCCGAACUCGGGUUCGGUUGCGCCCCUCUUGGAGGCAUAUACGGGAAUUUUGCGGAAGAAGAGGCCAUUGCCACAGUUCGGGAUGCCGUGAAAGCAGGGAUCAACUUUUUCGACACUGCUCCGUAUUACGGUGUGGGCAAAUCCGAGGCCGUAUUGGGUGCUGCUCUGAAGGAUAUUCCGAGGGAUGCGUAUUACUUGGCUACGAAAGUGGGAAGGUACGAUUAUAAGUCGUUCGAUUACUCGGCCGAAAGAGUGUUCAGAAGCGUGAAAGAAAGCAUGGCGAAACUAAACGUAGAUUACAUCGACUUGAUACAGGUACACGAUUUCGAGUUCGCCAGAAAUGCGGAGGUGAUCGUCAAUGAAACUUUGCCUGCCUUAGAAAAACUUCGUAGGGAUGGCCUCGUGGGGUACAUUGGAAUCAACGCGUAUCCCAUCAGCAGCACGUGGGAAGUUCUGGAGAAGAAUAGAAAUUGUCGCAUCGACACGAUUUUGACGUAUUGUCGAUGGAACUUUUUCGAUCGCACGCUUGAUGACUACAUAGAUCGCCUCAAGGAGAAAAACGUGGGAAUUAUCAACGCCGCCAUUUUGGGGAUGGGUUUGCUCACGAAGGAUUCAACUUUCCCUGAAUGGCAUCCUGCUCCGAAGGAGUUGCAGGAGUUCUGCAGAAGUGCUGCCAAGUUUUGCUCGGAGAAGCCGUUUGAUUUGGGCCAAUUGGCGAUUGCGGACGCGCGGUCCCAUCCCGACAUUGCCACGCAUUUGGUGGGGAUGCAGAAUCGAACGAUGCUGAAAGAGAAUUUGCUGGCCUUCACCAGGCAAAUUAGUCCCGCCGAGAAAGACCUGGUGACCGAAGUGGAUGCCUUGUUCAAGACGAGGUUUCCUGAGCAAAGGGUGAAUUGGGAACAUGUUACGGACGAGUUGAAAGAAGAGAUCUACGGCACUGAUGUUUGA